ACGCGGUCGGUCUAAACGCGCCCAGACAACGGCGAACCAGUUUCAAUACGGCCGGUCCACGGUCCGGUGCAGUUAGCGUGCGCGCAGUUUCGGUGCGAGUGCAAUAUCAUACGAGUGCGUACAGUUUUCGCGGUGCUUGGUCGUCUUUGCGAAUUUUAUCGGUUUUUUUCUUUUUCAUUUCUUCAAUUGUUCGCGUGCCAAUUCUAAGAACAUGAAAACACGGCUCGGCGUGACUUCACGUUUGAUUUUUAAAUGUUUCUAAGAGAACAUGAUCCCGAGCUAAACUCCACAAACAUGCUGGACGUGUACAGAUCGGACUCGCAAAAGUCCGACUCGUCGCAGAGGCCAAGAGUAUCGUUCAACCGGGACGUUCGAAUCAAGAAAAUCGGCAACUCGGAUGCAGCAAGUAUUGUGGAAGCUUUAGCUGGAGACGGUGAAGGCCACUUAGUGCCCACUCCAGUUCGUAGGGAAAAGAUCAAAGCAUCCAAGCGUGAGCUUGCGUUGGAAGCUGACCGCGUACUUAAGCAGGCAGACAGCGUGGCCUCGCUGCACUCGGAUGUACCGCCGAGAAGACAGCAGAGGAGCAAACCAGAUGGAGGGUCCCUUCAACGAAAGACCAGCUUUGGAGGGACAGACUCGAAAAAAUGGAAUUCUGAAGGUAAACUGUCGUCGUACAUGUCGUUGGACAGGCCAAAGAACCGGAUCAGGAAGAGGGAGCAGCCGACGUGGGAAGAUCAGCGGCACGGCGGCCAACAGUAUCGGUCGUCGACGGACCUGACGACCGCCGUGGCACCGCCGAAAAGACGGUCGACCGCGUCUUCGGGCACCGGCAAGUUGACCAGGAGCGUCAGCGACGCUGGCGACCGAGACAAGCCGCUGGCGUCCGGCGACGGCGGCGACGCGAAACGUUCGAUAUCGCUGUUCGGCACCAUCCAGCGGAUCAAGACCAAGAUCAAAAAGCGUCCGACCGCGAUGGCCGUGGACCGAUCCUCGGAACCGUCGACGACGGCGGCGGCGGCGACGGUGACGCCGGGCCCGUCGCCACCCCCGGCGCCGGUCCGGGCGAAGAAACAGCUGUCGCCCAUCAUCGAAUCGUCACCGCGGGACGAGUACUUCAAGUAUUCGGUCGGCGGCCCGUUGGACUACGGCGGCGCUUCGCCGCCGCGCCCGGUCCGCGGCCACAAGGUCGACCGGAUCGUCCGGAAACUGCAACAGCAACAGCAGCACCACCACCAACAACAGGCGACGGCUGCCGAACUCGCCCGUCACCCGUCGCCGCCGCCGCCGCCGCCGCAGCAGUCGUCAUCGCCAGACUUUGCCCACGCGCACAACGGCAACGAACCGUUUUCGUACACGGCCACGUCGUCGCCCACCAUCGUCCACCUACCGGACGACACGGCGGCAGCUGACCGACCGCCGCCGCCGCGACGACUGCAACGGCAACAACAGUAUCGCUCGGCCGGCGGCAUGGACGACACGUGGACGUCGUACGACGAUCUCAGCCACAGGCGGGACGCGCUCGAGUCGAGGCUGCAGAAACGGGCGGCGGCGGUGGUGGUCCGACCGCAGCGGACCGGCACCGGGACGGGGACGGGGGCGUCGGUGCGGGUGCGAACGCCUACGGUGUCGGCGGCGUCGCCGGACACGUACGCGACCGUGUACAAGAAGAACGAGACGCUCGGCGGCGGCGACAGAUACUUCGAGCGGAAGAUCGUCACGGAACACCGGUUCGCCCGCAGGACGCCCGGGCUGUCCGGCGACGGUGCGGGCGACGACCGCGAACACCUCGACGACGAUGCCGAUGCCGUGGACGCCGACCGCCGGGACCGCCGCGAUUACCGCGACGUGGCCGACCGCGGCGGCGAUCACCAUCAUCAUCAACAUCAUCAUCACCGCGACGCCGGCCGCGGGCGACCGCCGACGUCCCGGACCUCGUCGGGCAUGCCGACCAUUGUUUCCCGGAACAACGUGACCGUCGUCAACGGGCCGCGUUCCGUUCCCGGCGCGCACGCUGCCGACAAGCCGGCCAAGAAACGUUCCAGGCUGGACAAGUUCAAGAUGCUGUUCACCGGCGGCUCGUCCGCGUCCAAGGAGAACAAGCGGCCGUCGCCAUCCGCCAGAGCUCAGUACAACUCGUCCGAUCCCGAGUCUUACACGUCGUCUUUGCGAAAACGGUACAACGUGUUCACGGGCUCCGACAACAACAAACAAGGGAAUCAUGUGUCUGGAAACAGGAGGACGUCGUCUCCAAGCAAAACCUCGAAACCGACCGGAAAUAACGCAUGGUUCAAGUCGUUGGAUAGAUUCGGCAAGAAAAAUAAGAGAUCGAAGACGUUCACAUCGGGGAGCGAAAACGACGACGAGAUCCGAGUGCAUAGGGUGAACGAUCGGAAUAAUUCGAAGGGUACGACCCGGUCAUACCACAGUGUAGGAAAUCUCAACUCGCUAGAUAUGGACCAUUCGCCCAGGCUGAUUGCCGACAAGAGACAUUCGCUGAUUGACAGUUCAGCAGGAAGUACGACCGAGGGCGACAGCAGUCAGAAAUCGCACAAGUCUACAGUCUAUCUACACGCCACCACGGUAGGAGAAAUACCGGAAUCGCGACAGCUUCACCAGUCCGUGUUCGGAGCGAAGAGCAGGCGAGCAGCUAGCCGAGAGGAGCUGUCGUCGCGCAACGACGCGUUCGGCGGUGGCGGCGCUCAGAAGCGUACGCUGUCCCGGUCGGUGUCCGUGCUGGCGCCGUGGGCCCCGCGGCACAGCGAGGGCCGAACCGUGGACUACGACGAGCGCGGCCGGCCCCCCAGGGCGCCGUCGUCGACCAGACACGGCCCGGUUAAGGCGACCAAGAGCGACCCGGAAGAAUCGUCGGCGGCGGGCACGGGUAGGUCCGCGUCGGCGGCCCGGAUCAAGAACCGGACGCCGAACAGGGCCAGUUCGGGCGAGGAGUCGUCACUGCUCGACGAGGUGAUCAUCCGCACCACUAGCCGCACCGGCAAGCUCAUCAAGGACGACCGUUCCACGUCCCGGCAGAUCGGCCGGUCCAUGUCGUCGGCGAACAGGUCGGCAACAGGCGGUACGCUGACGCGGGUCAAGACGAAAUCGUAAUGAAGAACGAUCGGAGUUCGAUGAUGAUGACGACGACAACAAAAAUAAUAAUUAAUAACAAUAAAAAUAAUAAUAUUCGUAAUAAAAAUAAUAAUAAUAAUAAUAAUAGCAAUAAUAAAAUAAUAAUAAUAAUGAUAUAGUAAUAAAAUAAUAAUAUAAUGAUGAUGAUUAUAUAAUAACGGAUACAAAUAAUAAAUAAAAUAUUACAAAUAACUGCUGUCCUGCCGCUGAUCAUAAAUACAAAGAAAAAAGAAUCAUACCGACAAUUAAUAUUAUCUAUCUACCUAAUAAAUUCGGCGGCGGUACACCACCGGCUGGUUAAGUUAAACAUUUUUGAUUUUCCGGUGUCGCGAGAGGUGUGGGAUCACGACUAUUAUAGUUUUCAUUGGAUUAAUAUUACAAUAUUCUAUUGUGAUUAUUAUGACUUUACCACAACUUUUCAAUAACUAUCAUUAGGUACUAGCUACACGCAUAAAAUCGCAUUCGUUUUAAUAUUAUAUCGAUGGUUAUUUGGCAAAUUGGCCUAAUAUAGCAAAAUAUUUCCUAUAGUUUUCAAGGAGCCAAAAACAUUGUUGAUAAUAAAUAACUUUUUUAAUUAGGAAUUGGGAUCAUUUUUAGUAAAAUAUCUUUUUCAUUUGUACGUCUUUUAUAACUUAUUUAUUAUAUGAAAAUAAGAACUUUGCUUUCUAUUUGUUUCAUCCCUUAAAUAAACUGUUACUUGUCAGUUUUCAUACUUCCCUCGAAAACAAAUUGACUUUACCGUCGUUUAUUACCAAAAUUUUAUUUAGAUCAAAAAAAAUGAAGACAACUAUUUUCGCACUUACGCAUUAAAAGAAACAUAUUUUUCUCCAUGACUCCAUCCAUUGGUAAAAGCUAUUACGUGCUUCCUAUAAGUGUUAUUUAAAGCUUAGACCAUUUUGCUAUGUUACCAUCGAUAUUGCGUCUGAUCGAUCAUACGUAUUCACAUCCCAAUAGUUACAGGUAUCGAGUAUUCUUCUUAGAGCAUUUGCUAAGUAUAAUAUUAUUAUAAUACCACUACCACAACGCGAUAUAUUAUAUCAACUCCAAGAAAACUCUACUGGCUAUCUAGCAUGAUAGGUCGGGUGUACAUCGGGGAACUGACAUGAUGUUAAAAUGUAUUUUUUCUCUGUAAAAUUGUCAUAUCUCUAUGAUACACUCUGUAUACAUUAACGUCAUAAUAUGAUGUCAGUAUGACAUCAUUAUUCUUCCUAGUCAAAUAACCCUGUAAAAUUUAAUAAAAGAUUUAUAUAAUAAUGAUGAGUUAUAUUUUCUAUUUUUAUUUUUAUUUUUAUUAAUGUAAAUACUUUUAAUUAUCAUAUAGAUAUGUUGUACAUAUAAUAAUAAAUACCAAUAUAUAACCAAACUGUUAUCAUA